AUGGCAGAAGGCCAGGAGACAGCAAAGAAAAUAACGAUUUUCGUAAAAACUCCUAAGGACAAACAUUCCAUCGAAAUUGAAGAAAAUGCGAGCAUUAAAGACUUCAAAAAAGCAGUCGCGGAAAAAUUCAGCGCCGCGAUCGAGCAACUCUGCUUGAUAUUCGCGGGGAAAAUAAUGAAAGAUCAUGAGACACUGGAGACACAUCGGAUCAAGGAUGGAUUGACAGUUCACUUGGUGAUAAAAACACCACGUCCGGCUGCUACGCAACCAGACACUGCGCCUCCGCCUUUAAGAUCAGUUCCGGAUAUUGGAGCGAAUCCCUUUGGGCUGGGAAAUAUCGGAGGACUAGCGGGCUUAGAGAAUUUGGGACUUGGGUCCGCGAACUUUGCUGAUCUUCAGCAACGCAUGCAACGCGAGCUACUGUCGAACCCAGAAUCCAUGCGGCAGGUUUUUGACAAUCCUUUGGUGCAAAGUUUGAUGGAAAAUCCGGAGAAUGUUAGGAUGUUGGUGUCGGCUAAUCCUCAAAUGCAAGAGUUGAUGCAACGCAAUCCGGAGAUCAGUCAUAUGUUGAAUAAUCCAGAGUUAUUGAGACAAACAAUGGAACUAGCCCGGAACCCAUCAAUGCUCCAAGAAUUAAUGCGCUCUCACGACCGAGCCCUAUCGAACCUCGAAAGCAUUCCAGGCGGCCACAGCGCUCUCCGACGCAUGUACCGCGACAUCCAGGAGCCGAUGCUCGCGGCAGCAGCCAACGAUCGCAACCCAUUUGCUGCGCUGGUAGAGAACAGCACUGACAGUGCAAAUAACCCUCAGCAGGGCCAAGAGAACCGGAACCCUCUGCCAAAUCCCUGGAGUCCUCCAGAGCGCACAGAGGGAGGAACUACAGGAACUGGAACCGGAACCGGAACUGGAACCACCACCGGGUCUCUAGGUGGGUCUCUGGGUGGCCUUGGUCGCGGCCUUCUUGACUCUCCAGGAAUGCAGAGCCUGACCCAGCAGAUGAUGGAGAACCCACAGCUGCUGAGAAACAUGCUUGGCUCACCUUACACGCGCUCAAUCCUCGAGGCGAUGUCCGACGACCCCGCGAUCGCUGACAGCAUCCUCUCCGCGAACCCUCACUUCAGGUCCAACCCGCAAAUGCAAGAGCAAAUGCGCACCAUGCUCCCGGCGUUCAUCCAGCAGAUGCAGAAUCCUCAGAUUCAGAGCGUGGUCACGAACCCCGACGCCCUGGCUGCGAUAAUGCAGAUUCAGCAGGGUAUGGAACAGCUCAGGACUGUCGCUCCUGAUUUUGUUGGGUCUAUGGGAGGACUGGGAACUUUUACUGCGCCACCUACUGGAACACAAGGAACCACUACUGGAUCUACAACAGGUCAGACUGGAACAACUGGAACAGGAACGACUGCCCCAGAAACCGGAACAGGAACAGGAACCGGAACAACAACCGCGAGCACCCCAGGAACUCAGGAUGCGUUCGCGAGCCCCCAGAACGCCUUUUCAAAUCUUUUAGCGCACGUUGUCUCUUCAAUGUCGCUCCACCAGCAGGAGAACGUUGACGGGCAAGGUGGCGUUGGUGUCGGAGGACAGAACCUCCCACCACCCGAGGAACGCUACCGCACGCAACUAGAACAACUCACGGCGAUGGGAUUCGUCAACAGAGAAGCCAAUAUUCAAGCUUUGAUAGCGACUUUCGGGGACAUUAAUGCCGCCGUCGAAAGAUUACUUGCCAACGGGCAAGUUUCGAUGAGCUAA